UCCCGCAGCCCGCGCCCGGCAGACCCCCGCAGAUCAGAGCGCCGCAGACCACCCCCUCCCAGCGCGUCCGAGAGGAGAAGAGGGUGGAGCGGACAGACUCCCGCAGCCAAUAAAAUCAGCGGGUUCCUGGUCCGAUCCCCGGCGCGGCUCGCCAUUGGUCGCCACCCGGGUCUCGGCCCACCGAACCUUUGCGACCUGAGCCAAUCGCUAGCCGGUGAGGGGUCCUCAGGCUCGCGGGGAGCCGGCGGCGGGCGGCUGCGAGUGCUAGCAGGCUAGCAGCCGUUGGCGGUGACUAGCGGCGCGAGCCCGCAAACCCCCUCCCCGGUGCGGCGCGCCGCCAGGCUCCACCAUGGAGCCCGCUGUGUCGCUGGCGGUGUGCGCGCUGCUCUUCCUGCUCUGGGUUCGCGUGAAAGGGCUGGAGUUUGUUCUCAUCCACCAGCGCUGGGUGUUUGUGUGCCUCUUCCUCCUACCUCUCUCGCUCAUCUUCGACAUCUACUACUACGUGCGCGCCUGGGUGGUGUUCAAGCUCAGCAGCGCGCCGCGGCUGCACGAACAGCGCGUGCGGGACAUCCAGAAGCAGGUGCGGGAAUGGAAGGAGCAGGGCAGCAAGACCUUCAUGUGCACGGGGCGGCCGGGCUGGCUCACCGUCUCACUGCGGGUUGGCAAGUACAAGAAGACACACAAAAACAUCAUGAUCAACCUGAUGGACAUUCUGGAGGUGGACACCAAGAAACAGAUUGUCCGAGUGGAGCCCUUGGUGACCAUGGGUCAGGUGACCGCCCUGCUGACCUCCAUUGGCUGGACUCUGCCUGUGUUGCCCGAGCUGGAUGACCUCACAGUGGGAGGACUGAUCAUGGGCACAGGCAUCGAGUCUUCGUCCCAUAAGUAUGGCUUGUUCCAGCACAUCUGCACUGCCUAUGAGCUGGUCUUGGCCGAUGGCAGCUUUGUACGAUGCACACCGAUGGAAAACUCAGACCUGUUCUACGCUGUGCCCUGGUCCUGCGGGACUCUGGGCUUCCUGGUGGCUGCCGAGAUCCGCAUCAUCCCCGCCCAGAGGUACAUCAAGCUGCGGUUUGAGCCGGUGCGUGGCCUGGAGGCCAUCUGUGACAAGUUCACCUAUGAGUCCCAGCGGCCGGAGAACCACUUCGUGGAAGGGCUGCUCUACUCCCUGGAGGAGGCCGUCAUCAUGACGGGGGUCAUGACAGAUGAGGCAGAGCCCAGCAAGCUGAAUAGCAUUGGCAACUACUACAAGCCGUGGUUCUUCAAGCACGUGGAGAACUACCUGAAGACAAACCGAGAGGGCCUGGAGUACAUCCCCUUGAGACACUACUACCACCGCCACACGCGCAGCAUCUUCUGGGAGCUCCAGGACAUCAUCCCCUUCGGCAACAACCCCAUCUUCCGCUACCUCUUUGGUUGGAUGGUGCCUCCCAAGAUCUCCCUGCUGAAGCUGACCCAGGGCGAGACGCUGCGCAAGCUGUAUGAGCAGCACCACGUGGUGCAGGACAUGCUGGUGCCCAUGAAGUGCCUGCCGCAGGCCCUGCACACCUUCCACAACGACAUCCACGUCUACCCCAUCUGGCUGUGCCCAUUCAUCCUGCCCAGCCAGCCGGGCCUGGUGCACCCCAAGGGGGAUGAGGCCGAGCUCUACGUCGACAUCGGUGCCUACGGGGAGCCACGUGUGAAGCAUUUUGAAGCCCGGUCCUGCAUGAGGCAGUUGGAGAAGUUUGUCCGAAGUGUGCACGGGUUCCAGAUGCUGUAUGCUGACUGCUACAUGGACCGGGAGGAGUUCUGGGAGAUGUUCGAUGGCUCCCUGUACCACAGGCUGCGGAAGCAGCUAGGCUGCCAGGACGCCUUCCCUGAGGUCUAUGACAAGAUCUGCAAGGCUGCCAGGCACUGAGCCGGAGCCCGCCCAGGAGGAAGCACACGCGAGGGGGGAUCCUGUCCCCAGGGCCAGAAGGCAUCUACCCUUCACUCAAGCUUGGCUGCUCUGCCAGAUCCACACUUUGAGAAAGAAACCCCUCCAGAAACACCCCCUACCCACAUGGCCUUGAGGCUUGCUCCCAGCUUCCAGGGGCGGCUGGGUGGAGUGGAAAGGAUGUGGGAUUUGGAGUCAGACAAACCUGAAUCCAGUUCAGCCACUCAUUAGCUGUGUGACUCCAGGGGAAUCACUGAGCCCCUCUGAGCCCGGCUCCUCAUCUGUCGAAAGCAGGGGUGGGUAAUGCUCCCUGCCUGCUGUGGCAUCUAAGUCAAGCACCCAUUGCAGUGGACGUGCUGAAGAAUUGACAAAUACUAUUAGCACAGAUUCCUGCUCAGCAUGACCUCAGACUAAAGUGCUUUGGAUUCAGUGGUUGAGUCCGGGAAGGCGCCACAUCAGGUUACCUGGGCUCAGGUUUGGUGGAAAGGGGUGCCCUGGAGUUGCGCUGCCAUCACUUGUCAGCCAGAAGAGUUGCCCCUCAGAGGGAAGGAAGGAAAGUUCCUUUCCAUCGCUGGGCCCUUGGGAGGGCAACAGAGGGGGUGGGCAGGCCCAAGACGUGCUGUGCCAAAGCCAGGUCUGAUUCCAAAGUUCCCUCUGUCUUCCUUGGGGAUGCCCUGCUCCUUCUUCCUUCAUGCUCAGGGUUGCAGGCCCACCGCAACCAUUGCCCAAGUCCACUCAGAGAGGACCGUGUGCUUGUAGAAGACACUUCAGGGUGGAAUCCUGUCUGGGCCUGGGGCAGGUGGGGUGAGUGGUUUUGGCUCUGAAUUGAAUCCACAGUACCUGGGCUCAUUCUUGCCUUUCCACCCUCCGUGCUGCUUAUCCGCAGAACCUGCUUCAACCUGCUGGGGUGUGUCCUCCGCUCUGCAGCGGGUCUGGGAGUGGGGCGGGUGGGACCACACCAAGCAGGAAAAUGCAGCCUGUCAUCCUUAGGUCUCGUGGGGAUCCUCACUGUGGCGCUGAAAGAAAACAGCAUCAACUUGAUUUCUACAACCACUCAUCCCCUCCUUUUUUUUCUUUUUUUUUCCUUCCUCUCCCCACCCCCAGCUGUAGUUAAUUUUAGUGCCUUACAAAUCCUAAGCUCAGAGAAAAGUUAGCUUCGUGUCUGUUCCAGAGGGAAGGAAACCUUCCCAGGCCCCUGCCCACCUAUUAAAGCUUGGUUGUUUAUGCAGCUCCAUCUUAAGAACUAUCCAGCCUCAGCUGAAAACCCAGACUCUGAGAGGGAAUUACGUAAGGGAAUUAAGUGAGCUGGGCCAGGCAGUGAUGUUCUGGAAUAGAGGAGAGCACUGGCUGGGAGCUGGGAGGCCUGGGUUUCAGUCCUGGCUGUAUUCUUCACAAGCUCUGCCUCCAUGGGCAAGUCAUUUGUCCCUCUGAGCUGCAGUUUCCUCAUCUGUCACAUCCAUGUACACAAGACCACCCGAGGCUCUUCUGCUUUAGAAGUGCACAGCUGUCUUAAACACCGUGAUUGCGAACCCCACGAUAAAGCCUCGUCCGCGUGGAAAGUCAGAGGGAAAAGUAAAUGAUCCAGGUGGGGGUUGUCUGCCAUUUAAGAUCCUUCCUUCAGCCCAAGGCCAGCUCUCAUCUUUUUCAGAAAGGCACACCUGUGGCCUGUAAGGAAGUGUCAUUGUUGUCACCACUGGUUGCCAGAAGCCUCCCAGAGUCACACUUUGGCUGCCGAGGCUCACUCCACCCACCCCGGGUUUGGCACACUGGUGUCUUGAUGUGGUCCUGGGAGUGCCAGGCACACUCGGGGCACUCAGAAGGCAGAGGAACCACUCUUACCCAUUUGGCCUCUGGAGGGGGCAUAAAAUCAGAAACCUCAUUUUCUCGCUUGUAUGCAAAGCAUGUGAACUCUGGCACUAGCUCUCCCAGUGGGGCCUGUGGGCUUCUUGCUCAGCGGUAAACUGAUGAUCCUACUUGCUGUAGAGGAAGGGUUAACCCAAGCAAGAUAAGGCCCCAUCCUUUCACCAGUGGGGCCUCUGUCCCUGGGCCCCUGGGAGUGUGGCCAGAAAUGCCAGCAGCCUCUUGUCCUCAGUCCUACAAACCAAAAUCCUGCCCUUCACAGACCUUGCCCGGAACCUGGGGCUGGGAGGGAGGGUCUUGGGGUCACACCAGCCUCAGGGUCAUGUUUUGCUUCAGUGAUAUCUUGCCUAGAAAGGGGCAGUCUUCCAAGCAUGUCGAGCUGAGUUGCCAGCUCUUUCUUGCAGCCAGUCUUGUCACUAUCCAGCCAGGUGGUGGUUUCAGGUGGAAUUAAACUUGGCACAUGGCGGGGUGCAGGGAGCACAUGUGAAAAGUAUAAGAAGAGGCCUCUCCCUUCCAGAACCCCGAGUUUCUUGGCUGCAUGAAGGUUUUCUGUAAGAUCCGGAUUCUAGCCAGUUUCUUUGGCUGGAAGGAUGCAUAAUUAGCUGUUACGGGAAGGGAGGGGGUGGGGAAGGGGGUGGCCGUGUAUGCUGUGUGAUAUUUUUCUUAAAUCAUGGGGACCACAGAGAAAGGCAUGGGUCCCCCCAGCAGGCUCUUGCAGCUGCAGGUGCUGUGCCUACUGUCCGGAACACUUCAUGUCCCUGUGGCUGUGUGGCUGCUACUUCUGUAAAAAUAAAAGUGUGACCUGGAAAGUA